AUGGACGACCUACUUUUCAAUCCUUCGAUCUCUAACCGAAUAAUAUUAUUUCUUUCUUCCUCCCUCUCUCUCUCUCUCUCUCUCUUUCAAGUUCUGCUUCUGGCGAUGCAAGGGGCACAAAGGAAAGCAAGUACAAGGCUUCCUCCAAGGAUCAGGACGAUUAUAAAAAGGGUCGUCCUCGUUGUUGACAUAAUACGACCUGGUAGGAGUCUUUUUAUUGCUGGCAAUUCAGCGACUUCUUCCGUCGUUAGACCCAAUCUUUUGGCCUUUGCGAUCAAAUAUCUCAGUUUUCGUGAUGCCUUCUCGCAAGACAUUCUUGACGUCCUUUCUUCACUUGUCAACGAGUUGUCUAACGAUUCCAUAACGCUCCCGAGGCUCCAAUCUUCAGACUCGUGUUCAUUAUAACGA